AUGGAGAUCUACAACAAAACAUCAGUAAUUGAAUUUGUUCUUCUUGGUUUCUAUGAUCAUCCAGAUCUACAGUUCAUCUUAUUUACAAUAUUCACAUCACUGUACAUAACAGCUCUGCUUACAAACUUACUCACUAUUGCUGUGGUCUCCCUGGCACCCCAGCUCCAUAGCCCAAUGUACAUCCUGCUGUGUAACAUGUCUCUACUGGAUAUAUCCUUCACUACUAUGGUUAUUCCUAAACUGCUGGACAUCUUUGUGACUGGAAAUCACACCAUAUCAUACUCUGGCUGUAUCACACAAAUAUUUUUCUUUGUUUUCCUAAUUGUGUCAGAAUAUUACAUUCUGGCUGUCAUGGCCUAUGACCGCUAUGUAGCCAUUUGUAUUCCAUUGCGGUACCAGCAACUCAUGAGCAACAGAGUGUGUUUGCUUUUGGCUUCUCUCUGCUGGUGUGUGGGUCUUCUAGAAGCUGUACUUUAUGCCAUAUUGAUUUCUCAGUGCCUGUUUUGUAAAUCAAAUCAAAUUAACCAUUUGUUCUGUGACAUAAAGCCCAUGAUUAAGCUUUCUUGCAGUGAUACUCGUCUCAUAGAGACAAUGAUCCAUGGUCCAAGUGCUUUUAUUGGCUUCAUCCCCUCAGUGCUCACACUGGUCUCCUACGCAUUUAUUAUUACCACAGUUAUGAAGAUCCCUUCUAGUAAAGGCCGGUACAAAACCUUUUCCACAUGCUCCUCACAUCUCACAGUUAUCAUUAUGUACUAUGGGACAAUUCUCUGCAUGUAUAUGAGACCAAAGUCGGCUUAUGCAAUAGACCAAGAUAAGUUUUUUGCCAUCUUAUAUACAGCAGUAAUUCCAGUGCUUAAUCCUCUAAUAUACACAUUGAGAAACCAGGAGGUCAAAGGAACUCUAUUCAAAAAAAGAGGAAAAACAUAA